AUGGAGGGCGUUAAUAAUUCGGAAGAAAAAGUUUCGACAGUUGAGCUGGACCUCAGCCUGGGCAUCAACAACAACAGCCCGGUGCGCGUGUUCUCGUGCAACUACUGCAGGCGCAAGUUCUACAGCUCGCAGGCGCUCGGGGGCCAUCAGAACGCGCACAAGCGCGAACGAACCCUUUCCAAGCGCGCCGUUCGCAUGGCAAUGUUCUCCAACCGAUACGCUAGCCUGGCGUCCCUUCCCCUCCUUGGGAUCGAGGCCCACGGGGCCCACACCCAACACCACCAUCAGCAGCAGGACAGGUCGGUUCAUGCGCCUAGGUUCGUGGAGCGGCCGAGGAUGCCAUUGCCGGCCGUGUUUGUGGAGUAUGAGGAGGAGGAGGAGGAGCUCACGUGGCCUGGGAGCUUCCGGCAGGUCCAUAGGGAUGCGGAUGGACCAUCCUCGACCCCUAUUCCCGAUUUGAAUUUGAAACUUUGA